UUAUCUCACUCAGGAUAGUUUCUUCUAGUGCCAUCCAUUUGCCUGUAAAUUUCAAGAUUCCAUUAUUUUUUUUUAUUCUGAAGGCAGUUAGGGCACCAGCAGCACGGAAAUGUGUGCUAAGAAACAGUUGCUUGGGUUUGAAAUUCAUUCACAUGUGGCAGUAACAUUUAACCUCAUAGUGCUUUUAAAGCGGUCAGAAAGAACUUGGGUCUAAGUAGAAUCACAUUCUAUGUAUUUUGAAUGAGAUUAUAAAAACAACACUGUUGGUGUUAUCAUUUCUGGUUAAUUAUGACUCAAAAAUAUGAAGUUAAUUCUUUUUUCGGGUGGUAGGUGAUAAGAGAUAGUUUAUAUUGUGGAGCCAUUUUGAGUGACCAUGACCCAGUAACACAGAUUUCAGUUAUCUCAAAUUCCAUGUUCCAAUGUGGAAGCAGUUUCAUGAAGUUUUAAAAAAUAGUUUUACAAAACAAAAGAACGUCAUAAAUACAGGCAAGUUUAAAAUACGUUUGUGGGUACAUCAGAGAGGCAGGUACAGCAAGAUGAGGGAAACUUUCCUAUAGGCCCAACAUGCUGUCUGAGCUUUUGGAUUGGCGGAAGCUAGUGUCUGCUAACUCAGUAGAUUCCAAACAGCAUGCGCAAAACUAUGGCUGAACUGUGAACAAAAUCUCCUGAAAAGAAGCUGUGUCUAAGGAGAUUGACUGACUAUAAUUUCAGUACUGUGGAGAGAUCAGAAUGUUGUAGGUUGGUCCAGAGGCUACCUACCCUUCCUUAGUCUAGAAUAGUCCUCUGGGACAGCUUAUUUUUUGCCCACCUCUGUUAACCCGUUUUAAAAGGUAUCCUCAGGAAAUGUGAUGAAUCCUCUCAAACAUAAAAAUCACUAGUUUUAAUUAUUACACUUGUAGGGUCCAGGAAGGUAGCCCUAAUGAAUAAGAACCCUCCUUGUGCCAGUGUGAAGACAUGAGUCUGACUCCUUAGCACCCGUAUAAAAAACUGGGCAUGGCUAUGCAUGCCUCCUCCAAAGCAAGCAUUGGGGUGGAGGGAACAGGUGACCUCAGGAGUUUAUUUUAAUUCAGUGAGAAAUCCCGCCUCAAGGCAGUAACAGGGAGUUUGAGGAAGACAUCUACUUACUAGGACCUCCACAUGUGUAUACAUGGAUCUAUGUAUCUAUACACUUACAUUCAUGCAUCAGGCAGACGUGCACAGACACACACAAUGUGCAUAUAUGAAACAAGCUUAUUUUGUCUUAAAAUACAGUUUUGUGUUGGGUUGUCCAUUUUUGAUAUGGAUUAUGUAAUUUGGAGGCUAGUGGAUGGAACUGGAGACUAUCAUGUUAAGUUAAAUAAGCCAAACUCAGAAAGACGUUAGUUUGAUGAGAAUUGUAGUCCAUUGUCUCAGUUAUUGGAACACUUGAUCCCAGGAGGUGGUGCUGUUUGGAGAGGAUAUGGAACCUUUAGGAGGUGAGCCUUGCUGGAAGAAGAGUUACCUCAUAGCUGAGGAGAGCUCUGAGGGUUUGUAACCUGGCUCACCUUCCUAUUCCACUCUGUUGCUUUCUGUGUGCUGCUGAAAAUGUGGUCAACCAGCUUCCUUCUCCUGCUGCCAUGCCUUGCCUUCCCUGCUAUGAUAGACUCCAUCCCUCUGAACCCAUAAGCCAGGAUAAACCCUUUCUUCCUUAAGUUGCAUUGGUCAUGGUAUUUUAUUACAGCAACAGAAAAGUGACUAAUACAGGUAGUAAGGAGACCUGUGUGUGUGUGUGUGUGUGUGUGUGUGUGUGUGUAGGAGGUAUGAUAGGAUGUGGGAGGUGAAUAUAAAAAAAGAAAAAAUUAGUAAAGAUGAUAGACUCAUGAUAAUGACUUAGUGAACAUAUUGUUUUAUAACCAGUUAAAAUGAUUUUUAUUUAAACUAUUAUAUUCCAAAGAGUUUUAUUUUUUAACCUAACGUCUUAUAUAUGCCCCUCAAAUGUUCUUUUCUUGGUUGGGUGUCUCCUGCCUGGGCGUGAAAAGGCUGGAAGCAUUGCUCUAACAUAAGCCAGAAGCCACACUGCAUUGUAAUGGAAAGUGCAUUGUGUUUCAAAUUAUCUGACUUAGUUUGGUACACAGAAAGGGAGAAAAUUAUCCACUUUCUUUCCUUUUUACCCAUUCAUCUUCUUCUUCUUUUUCCCUUGUCCUGAGCAAAAGAUAGACGAACAUCAUGGAAACUGACAGUCCCUUCCCUUGACCUCUGAUGUUUCCACUGAACCAACUGGUGUGCAGAGUGGAUAAAUGAUGUGCACUGCCCUGAGCCCCAAGGUUCGCAGCGGGCCUGGCCUGUCUGAUAUGCAUCAGUACAGCCAGUGGCUGGCAAGCAGACAUGAAGCUAAUUUGCUGCCGAUGAAAGAAGACUUGGCCUUGUGGUUAACCAAUCUAUUAGGGAAAGAGAUAACAGCAGAAACCUUCAUGGAGAAGUUGGAUAAUGGUGCCUUGCUCUGUCAGCUUGCAGCAACUGUGCAGGAGAAAUUCAAAGAGAGCAUGGAUGCCAAUAAGCCUGCCAAGACUCUGCCACUGAAGAAGAUUCCCUGCAAAGCCAGCGCACCCUCAGGCUCCUUUUUUGCCCGAGACAAUACAGCCAAUUUCUUAUCCUGGUGCCGAGACUUGGGGGUGGACGAAACAUGUCUUUUUGAAUCUGAAGGCCUGGGACCUGGAGCGCAGCGCCUAUGCAUCUGUUUCUCAGAGAAAGAAUCCGCCCACCAAGGACCGGGUUUGCUGCCUGCUGCGUGGCAUGUGCUGUGUGCCUCCUUUCUGCACAAACAGCCCCGAGAAGUGUGUCUCUGUUUGCUAGAGCUUGGCCGGAUUGCAGCCAGGUAUGGUGUGGAGCCUCCUGGUCUGAUAAAGCUGGAAAAAGAAAUUGAACAAGAAGAGACGCUUUCUGCCCCGUCUCCUUCUCCUUCUCCUUCAUCCAAGUCUUCAGGAAAGAAGAGUACUGGGAACUUACUGGACGAUGCAGUAAAAAGAAUCUCUGAAGAUCCUCCCUGCAAGUGCCCCACUAAGUUCUGUGUGGAGCGGCUUUCUCAAGGUCGAUACCGGGUGGGAGAGAAGAUCCUCUUCAUCAGGAUGCUGCACAACAAACAUGUGAUGGUCCGCGUGGGAGGAGGCUGGGAGACCUUCGCGGGUUAUCUGCUCAAGCACGACCCCUGCCGCAUGCUGCAGAUCUCCCGUGUGGAUGGCAAGACAUCCCCCGUGCAGAGCAAAUCCCCAACUCUGAAGGACAUGAACCCAGAUAAUUACCUGGUGGUCUCUGCCAGCUACAAGGCUAAGAAGGAGAUUAAAUGAAACUAGUCUCUGGAAGGGGACUCAUGCAGUGGCCUGUGUCCAUUCUACAGUGUAGCCAGUGUAGUCCACAUGCUCUGAGAACCACACACAUUAUCAGCAGGAAAAGGCUCACAAGGUAGCACUAUUUAUUUUUAAUGCAUCUGUAGAACUUUGCCUAAGGGGGAAAAAUUCUAAACUCAGAACAAAAUCAGACAAAUUGUAAGCAAAUCAUUAUCACUCAAUAUGUGAACAUAGUAUUUAAAACAAACUGAGUGCUACGCACAGCCAUUGGAACUGAACAUGCCUAGAAGACUAUAUUUAACAUGUAUGGAUAGGUCAACAGAAAGUGCCUGCUGUAUGUCUAUGAGCUAAAGCACCCCAGACACUUUUAUAAUGGCGGGAUUUUAUAGCUUUUUUUUACAAAAUGACAAUGUGAUCAUGUGCUACUAAAAUUGUCCAUAGGACUAUGCGAUACACUCUUCACAGCCAUAAUACUUAACUGGAAAGGCCACAUCAGAGAUGUUUACAUUCACUUGGAAGAUUGCCUUAAAGAUCAUCUCUGAUCCCUGACCAAAGCAACCUCUGGGGUACUUUUGGAUGUUGUCUGUGAAGCCCCUUAGGAAUAGCAGGUACCUUUCACACACCCUACACACACACACACACACACACACACACACACACACACACACACACACACACACAGAGGCUAUGUUUAGGAAGAUCACUUAGUGAAAUUCACAUGCAUAAGCUGGUGUACAUUUACAUUGUGAUGUGCAGACUGCACCGUCAAAUGUUCAUCAACUUUGUGAUUUUAUUUCAAGCAUUUUCUUAUUAAAAUGUAUCUUAGUUAGUCCUAUUAUGCUAUGCUGUCUCAUGAAGUAAAUUCACUGUAGUGAAUGAUGUUACAGACUUGUAUACCCAGGACAGGGCUGUUUUGUACCAAUGAACAGCAAGAUAUUGUCCACACUGAUUUAAGAAUUAAAAAUGAAAAAUAAAAAAAACCCCACACAUUA